AAGUGAGCUUCAACAGCAUCCUUCAUUUUGCAGUUAAACAGUAAGAUUUUCAGUCUGGGGCUGGCAGUGCAGGCGCAUGUACUAUGAAGCACCCUCAGGCAAAAACCUCCGACAAAGCAUCAAUCACUUCCGUUAGAAUAAUGCAGGCUGGGUAUCAGGAUUUUUGAGGUGUGGUGUGUGCCGGUGGGAGGGACACUUUUUUUUUUAAACACCAUCGGACCCUUGAGCACUCAAGUCAGUCAAGUCAGUCAGUGUUCUCCAGUGCAUUAAGGGCUCAGCUUGUACUUCUGUGUCCGGGGGGAGUCUGACUGGCACACGUAUGGAGGGCUGUAUCACCUGUGGACUGUGGCUGCUCACCUUCCUGCUGGGCUGUGAGCGGCUGCAGGCUUUCAACCUGGACACCGACAAUGUGCUGCGGAAGAGCGGGGAGCAGGGCAGCCUGUUCGGCUUCUCCCUGGCCAUGCACCGGCAACUAGAGCCGGAGGACAAGAUCAUGCUGCUGGUUGGUGCGCCGCGAGCAAAAGCCUUAAGCGGUCAAAAAGCUAAAGUGACGGGAGGACUCUUCAACUGUGACAUGAGCUCCACUUCCACUGACUGCUCAAGAGUCAACUUUGACAAUGAUGAGGAUUUAACCAGAGAAAGCAAAGAAAAUCAGUGGAUGGGGGUGACGGUCAACAGCCAGGGGCCAGGAGGCAAGAUUGUGACGUGUGCCCAUCGCUACCAGCGGCGCACCGCCGUAAACACGCGAACUGAAUCCCGUGACAUCAUCGGCCGCUGCUACGUGCUGAGUCAGGACCUAACAAUCGACGCGGACUCGGGUGAGGAUGGAGGAAGCUGGCAUUUUUGUGACAGCCGGCCCAGAGGCCACGAGAUGUUCGGAUCCUGCCAGCAGGGCCUCUCUGCUACAUUUGACAAGGACUACCACUACUUCAUCUUCGGGGCUCCCGGAGCUUACAACUGGAAAGGCAUAGUACGCUUAGAACAAAAGAACAACACGCUCUUGGAGAUGGGCAUCUAUGACGAUGGGCCUUUCGAAGCAGGAGAUGAGAACGAGAAGAACCCAGACCUGAUCCCCGCUCCUGCCAACAGCUACCUCGGUAAAACAUUUCAUCUUCCUUGUGACACCAAAGACGUGUGUCCUGGUUCUGCUUCUCCUCCGCCGAUGCUACCAGUGAUUCUUCUUUCUUUUCUUGCAGGCUUCUCUCUGGACUCAGGGACGAGACUGACUAAGAAAGGUCAGUUGACGGUGGUGGCGGGAGCUCCCAGAGCGAACCAUAGCGGAGCGGUGGUGCUGAUGAAGAAAGGCGACGAGGCAAGUAACAUCUUGCUGGGGGAGUACACCCUGGAAGGGGAAGGUCUGGCCUCGUCUUUCGGCUAUGAUCUGGCGGUGUUGGAUCUCAACGGAGACGGAUGGGAGGACAUUGUGGUGGGAGCACCUCAGUACUUUGAGAAAGACGGAGAAAUUGGAGGAGCUGUGUACGUUUACGUCAACAAGGCUGGAAAGUGGGACAAAGUGAAACCCACCAGGAUUGACGGUCCGCAGGACUCUAUGUUUGGCCUGGCUGUGGAGAACCUAGGAGAUAUCAAUCAGGAUGGUUACCAUGAUUUUGCAGUUGGAGCUCCUUAUGAAGGCAGUGGGACAGGGAAUGUCCACAUUUACCAUGGAUCAGCGACAGGACUCAGCUCUAAAAAAGCUUCACAGGUGCUGUCGGGCCAGUCUUUAGGAAGCCGGCUGUUUGGUUACUCUUUGGCUGGCAACAUGGACCUGGAUAAGAACUCUUACCCAGACCUGGCUGUCGGAUCUCUCUCAGACUCUGUAUUUGUCUACAAGGCCCGACCGGUUAUGAACAUCAAGAAGGAAAUCAAGUUCACUCCCACUCAGAUUGACCUCACGAAGAAAAACUGUGGCAACACUUUCUGCUUGACAGUUGAAGCCUGUUUCACCUACACUGCCAGCUCCAAGAACUAUGCUUCCAGACUGGCGGUGGCGUUUUCCCUUGAGGCCGACGCCGACAACAGGAAAAAUGGUCUCUUACCCAGGGCAACUUUCACAGACCCUUCUGAGUCCGAUAACAAUUAUGAGUCCAAGGGGACCAUCAACUUGGAUGUCCAAGGGAAAAAGAAGUGUGUUAAACGUCAACUUGCCAUACAGGAAAAUAUUCGCGACAAGCUUCGUGGGAUUCCCAUUGAUGUGAGCGUGGAUAUCCAGGAUGGCACACGCAAACGUAGACAGAGCACGCCUUCUAAACUCUCACCUGUGCUGAAUGCCUAUGAAAACAGGACAACCCGAGAGGAGGUGCACUUUGUGAAAGAGGGUUGUGGAAAGGACAACUUGUGUCAGAGCAACCUCCAGGUGAAAUAUCGCUACGGCCGCAGGACAACCGACAGCGAUACUUUUACUCCAUUAAAACUGGAGGGUGGUGUGCCGGUGGUCUCGCUCAGCGAUCAAAAGGACAUCGCCUUGGAGGUCACAGUGAACAAUCGAGGCGGAGAUGAUGCACACGAAGCCUAUGUGACUGUCCUCUUACCAAGCUCCCUCACCUACUCAGCUUACCGCGUUGCACCGAAUAAUCUCGCAGUAACCUGCAUAGCCAAUAAAGAUGGCUCGAAGGCUGAUUGUGAGCUUGGAAACCCUUUCAAACGUGACUCAGAGACGACCUUUUACAUUAUUUUGGGCACAGCUGGCAUCGCUCUCAACACCACUGAACUUGAGAUUGAGCUUCAGUUAAUCACGACAAGCAGCCAGUCCGAUCUACCUCCUGUCAAAGCAAAGGCUAAAGUGGCCAUCAUGUUGCAAUUGUCUCUAACAGGACAAGCCCAGCCGUCCCAGGUCUACUUUUCAGGGCACAGUAAAGAUGAGAAGUCCAUCAAGACGGAAAGUGACAUCGGCAGCGCCAUCACGUACAAGUUCAGAAUCAUCAACCUGGGAAAACGCUUAACAGAUUUUGGCACCGCCACCCUUGAAAUAGACUGGCCCAAGAAGAUGGCAGAGGAUGGGUGGCUGCUCUACCUGAUGAAGAUCAACUCCACGGGAGUGGGGCAGAUAGAGUGCACUCCUAAGAAUGAGAUGAACCCUCUUAAAAAGGAACCAGUGAACACCAGAAUGAGGAGAGCGGUAGAAAACACCCAGGAAGGAAAAGAGGGCACUAUUUCACGCUUAAUUGAGAACAAAAAAUUCAAAACUCUGACUUGUGAGGAUGGGGCAUCGUGUGUGAGGAUAAAGUGCCCUCUGGGGGGCCUGGACAGUAAUGCAGUCAUCACACUCUACUCGCGCCUCUGGAAUAACACUUUCACAAAGGAAUAUUCCGACUUGCACCAUGUGGAGGUGAUCGUGAAGGCCUCUCUGCACGUUGACACCACUACAAAGAACACAGUGCUGCAGAAUGCUGAGACACAGGUGAGACUGACGGUGUUUCCAGAGAGGCGUGCAGCUCAGUAUGCUGGAGUGCCGUGGUGGAUCAUCGUGCUGUCCAUCCUGUUCGGGCUGCUGCUGUUGGCUCUUUUGGCUUUCCUUCUUUGGAAGUGUGGCUUUUUCAAGCAUGCCAAGUAUGAAGACAAGGUUCCCAGUUACAAUGCAGUUCGGAUCAGACGGGAGGAGAGAGUGAAAAGCCCUGGAAAUGGAAACUGGGAAAACCUGGAAAAGAAGCCAUGGAUGACAACCUGGCAUGACAAUGAGCACUAUUCUUAACAGCCAAUUAAAUCUCAGUGUCUUAUAGAUGAACCACCUAUUUUGGAAAUGUUUGCUACCCUGCCAAUGCACAAGCAUUGUAAAUAUCAAUGCAGAUUAGUCAGAAGUUUUUUGUUUUUUGAAAUGAAAAAUAUUGGAUCAAACACAACUGUCCAGUGGCCAUGUUGUUCUUGAACAAAGUGUAGGAGAUCGUCCGGCACAAGUCUGUAGAGCUUGUGGAGCUUCUUUGGUAUGUUCAGUGCUGACUAGUUGCUUGGUGGGUAAAGAAGUGUUUUUUUUAGUGUUUUGUACAUUUGAAUGUUUUUAAAUUGUAUUUAUUUUUUCAAGGACUGCUUUGUUUCUUCCUGUACCGAGGCCAAAGACUCAUGCAAUGCAGACUGUUACCGUUACUAAAAUGUUUUCCCCACUUUAUAUAUAAAAAACACAAAACAAAAAAACACACUUACAUUUUUUUUUUUAAA